GCUAAUUGCAAGUCAAAUUGAAAUUUUCGAUAACGAGAAUUCAAAUUCGAUACAAUCGAAAUCAAUCGAUUUUUGAUUCCCUACCAAAUCAGUGACACCAUUGAUCAAACACAAAUAUUGUAGGUUAUGUUCGCAGCUAAAGUUAUUUAGCAAUUCAAAUUUUUCAAAGAACAUGUCGAAUUAAAGAACAAAUAAUUUUAACCAUUAAAUAAUGUUGAGUGCUAUGUGGGUUAUGCUGCAUCGAAAAUAAUAUUACCUAAAACAUGUAACUUCUCAGUAUAUACUUUGGAAAAAAACAAAUUGUUAGGAGAAAUAAAAAGGAACUAUCAGAAGUGAAAUAAAUAAGUGAACAUGUUUAAAAACACAUUUCAAAGUGGGUUUUUAUCAAUUUUGUAUAGCAUUGGCAGCAAGCCUCUACAAAUUUGGGAUAAGAAAGUAAGAAAUGGACACAUAAAACGGAUUACAGACAAUGAUAUACAAAGUUUAGUACUGGAAAUAUUGGGUAGCAAUGUCAGUACUACAUAUAUUACCUGCCCUGCAGAUCCAAGAAAAACUUUAGGAAUAAAGUUACCAUUUUUGGUCAUGAUAAUUAAGAAUUUAAAGAAAUAUUUUACAUUUGAGGUUCAGGUAAUUGAUGAUAAAAAUGUACGCCGUAGAUUUCGUGCUAGUAAUUACCAAUCUACAACUAGAGUAAAACCAUUUAUUUGUACAAUGCCAAUGAGAUUAGACGAUGGAUGGAAUCAAAUCCAAUUUAACUUAGCUGACUUCACUAGACGUGCAUAUGGAACCAAUUAUGUAGAAACAUUAAGAGUUCAAAUUCAUGCAAAUUGUAGAAUACGAAGAGUAUACUUCUCUGAUAGAUUAUAUUCUGAAGAUGAGUUGCCUGCUGAAUUCAAGUUAUUUUUACCAAUUCAAAAUAAAGCUAAAUGUUAGGACAAUGUUAAUAUUUAAUAAAUAUAUUCUUUUACAUAUACGUAACAGCAGAUUGUUUCGAUAUCAACGACUAUACCCCACCAUUGUCAGAAGGAGGUAU